AUGGAUUCCUUGAUUUGCUCACUCUGUCUUACACAUCCCUCUCACUCUCUCUCCUCAUCUACUGACACUGACUCACCACCCACGCCCACAAAUUUCUCGCAAUUAUGUAUAUAUAUAUAAACCCUUCCGAGGAAAUAUAUACUCCAAGCACGACGUUGGUAAUCGGGUCCUUGGUGGUGAUCGGAGGACAGGGAUGGACACGACAGAGAGGGUUCUGGUGACGGGGGGCGCCGGGUUCAUAGGCACGCACACGGUGGUGCAACUGUUGAAGCAGGGGUUUAAGGUUUCCAUCAUAGACAACCUUGACAAUGCUGUCGAGGAAGCGGUUCACCGGGUGAGAGAGUUGGUUGGCCCCCAACUGUCCGAGAAUCUUGAUUUCCAUCUGGGGGACAUCAGAAAAGUGGAGGAUUUGGAGAAAUUAUUUUCUCAUAACAAAUUUGCUGUAGUGAUCCAUUUUGCCGGGCUUAAAGCUGUUGCUGAAAGUGUUGCUCAUCCCAUGCGAUAUUUCGACAACAAUUUGGUUGGAUCAAUUAACUUGUACAGAAUAAUGGCGAAAUAUAACUGUAAGAAGUUGGUUUUCUCCUCAUCAGCGACGGUGUAUGGCCAACCCAAUAAAAUUCCUUGUGUUGAGGACUUUGAACUGAAGGCUAUGAAUCCUUAUGGCCGCACAAAGCUCUUCCUUGAACAAAUUGCUCAAGAUAUCCAGACCUCUGACCCAGAAUGGAGAAUUAUUUUGCUCCGGUACUUCAAUCCCGUCGGCGCCCACGAGAGUGGCAAGCUUGGAGAAGAUCCAAAAGGGAUCCCGAACAAUCUUAUGCCUUACAUAACUCAAGUGGCUGUCGGUAGACUCCCAGAGUUAAAUGUAUAUGGUCAUGAUUAUCCCACACAUGAUGGCAGUGCGAUCCGAGACUACAUCCAUGUCAUGGAUUUGGCGGACGGUCAUGUAGUUGCACUGCAGAAGCUUCUUGAAUGCAAAGACAUAGGUUGUGUCGCCUACAACUUGGGGACAGGUCAUGGCACGUCGGUCCUCGAAAUGGUAGCUGCUUUCGAGAAGGUAUCGGGCAAGAAAAUCCCUGUUAAACUGUGUCCAAGAAGGCCUGGAGAUGCAACGGCUGUGUAUGCCUCAACAGAGAAAGCUCAGAAAGAGCUUGGUUGGAAGGCGAAGUAUGGGAUUAACGAAAUGUGCAGAGACCAAUGGAAGUGGGCAAGCCAGAAUCCAUGGGGGUAUACGUCCAAGCCUUAACAUAAACUUCUGAAGCAGUUUCCCGAUUUCACUGCUUAUUUCUUGGAUAGGUCUUUCGACAUGUACUUGGAUUUGUACUUUGGAUGUUGUAUGUGUUAAUUUAAAACUUCUUCAAUAAAUCAACCAAGGAUAAUUUGCAGUUUUCAAGCCUCA